AUGACUAUUGACAGCUGUGCGAUCAGACAAGUCUGUGGUCUUGACAAGUCUUCAUUUGCGCAGUUCGACUGCACCAACACACUGAACGACCAACUGCUGGAGGACGUGAGCGUCGUGGUGGAGGAGGACGGCUCCAACUGGCAGAUCCUGCAAACCCUUCCAUGCGCCUCUCUGCCCUACUCCUGCCCCGGCACCUGCUACGUGCUCCUCGCCAUCCCUGAGGACAUUAUGAGCACCACAGGCACCUUCACCGCGUGCCUGAAGUUCCAAGUGCGCGACUGCGACCCCAUCACCGGCGAGCCCGAGACCGAGGAUGGCUAUGGCGACGACUACACGGUAAAGUUCCUUUAUUUUGUCGCGGCAUUCCGCUCUAACUUUUGACUACUUAGUUAUAAA